UGCAGCAGGUACAGGUCCUGUCACUCUCACGCGCUGGAUUGUGUUUGACAGCUCCGCGUGGCUAUUCUAGCUCUCAAGCAGCUUCUCCCGUGUUUAUAUUUUAAGGAAUCUUAAUCGUCUGAAGCGUUUGGACAGUGUCACCGGUUUAGCAAAUGAAGCUGGAGGUUUUCUGCGGGGGUCACUACGACUCCAAGUCCGCGGAGCUCUGCAGCGACGCCGAGGGCAGCAUCCCGUCGCCGAUGUCCGCGGAGGAAGAGCUGGGCUCGGAUGGAGACUGCGUGGCGCACAGUCCCGCACCUGUUCCUCCGGGCGCAGAGAGCAAAGGCAAGCCCUACACCCGGAGACCCAAGCCUCCGUACUCAUACAUCGCUCUGAUCGCCAUGGCCAUCCGGGACUCGAACACAGGCCGCCUCACUUUGGCCGAAAUCAAUGACUACCUCAUGAAAAAGUUCCCUUUUUUCAGAGGCAGCUACACCGGCUGGAGGAACUCAGUGCGCCACAAUCUGUCUCUCAACGACUGCUUUCUCAAGGUGCUGCGGGAUCCCUCCAGACCGUGGGGGAAGGACAACUACUGGAUGCUGAACCCGCACAGCGAGUACACCUUUGCGGACGGAGUGUUUCGUCGGAGGAGAAAGCGCAUCAGCAAAAAAACGGGCAAGGAGCCAGAGGGGCCGAGCCGAGCUCCUGCUGUGGACACCAGAGACUCUGUCGUCACGCCUCCCUCCAGCACCAAGUUCACGAGCUCUUUCGCCAUUGACAGUAUCCUAAGCCGACCUUUCAGGAAAGAGGAACGCCCCGUUCACAAAGCUGACACCUGGCAGGGGGGAGUGGACAUGCUGCCUUAUGUCAUGCGGGGCUCCCCUGUGGCUCUUCCUCACGCGCAGGUGCUUCGAUCCUACGGGCCCCUGGAGGACCCCGCCAUCAGCUUCCGUCACCACCGGGACUUUUUCCCAUUCCAGCUGACACCCGAGUGCCUGUCGAUCCCACACACGACUGCGACAGCGCCCGUCCCGGCGUCUGCGGGCUUUCAUCCCUUCAAAAUUGACUUUUUGUUGUCGUGAUAUCGUGUGGUUCUAGGGUGGGGUACUUUGGCACUUUCUGAGAACUUGUGACUUGAUAAAGACAUACAUUUCAACCGCCUGCAUAAAGAUCUCCCGGGAAAACUUUGUGCAAAAAGUGAAAGUUGUGAACUAUUUAAUAUUCCACGUGUUUUGUCCUACUGAACGGUUGUGAUGUUUUAAGCUGUCAUCAGUGUAUUUAUUUGUCAUUUGUGUUUGUUCCAACCAGGUGCCUCAAACGAUUCUUAUAAAUGUAAACUUGUUUUCAUUUCAGAUUCACUGUUCCAGAUAAACUAUAGAGACAAGCUCAAUUUGAGGUCUUAAAGAGAGGAAAGUGAGGCUCCUAGCUGCAUCUAAACUGGAAUUAUUGUAAACUACUUUUCCUGACAGAAUGCAUGCACAUUUUAUUUUGAAUAAUAAAGCAUGUUUUUAAAAGUAAA